CAUACGCUCUCGUACCGGUGCAUGUGCACGGUCGGUUUACAACUAAACUUUUGUUGAUGCCGCCGGUAGACCUAUGCUAUAGCGCUAUGCGGUACUUUUUUUGUGCAAGUCUGUGACUUUUUUUGAUGAAGUUUCCUCAUUCCAGAUUUGUUGCAAAGUAAUUAGUUGUGUCCUCAACUUUAGCUUUGGCCGUGGACCCUGAGAGAGAGAGAGGAGGCCUGAUAAACUUGCCUUAUCUUUGUUGCUUCACCGGCUACCACUCGAUCUGCGAUUCCGCUGCAUCCCUGUCUUAGUGCGAAGCUCUGGCACGAAAUAAAAAGGCUGUUGGCAUUUUCUCCUGGCGUGAGCACGUCAUUGGUCCUGUCUGUUUAGUGUAGAGUGGGUAGUUUCAGGAGGAUGGCAGCUGCCAUCCCAGCUCCCGGAAUGGAGGAAGUCGAGGACAAUGGCGACGAGCCGGGUGACUGGAAAGUCCCACUCUGCUUCGUGCAGUGUUAUCAUAACGAACCCAUAGUAGGUUGUCCACGAGGCCGCCUGAGCUGGAGGAUGACAGAGAAGGUUCGUACCGUCGGCAUUGUGCUCAACAUGUGUAUGAACAUCGGUGUAGACCCGCCGGAUGUCUAUCGACCGUCACCUUGUGCUAGAGAUGAGUGUUGGACCAAUCCGUUUGCCCUGAAUGCCAACUCAGCACUGGAGACUAUCACUGGCACGCUACAGAAGCAGUAUGAACAAUGGCAGCCACGGGCCAAGUUUCGCAUAUGCCUCGAUCCCACCUUGGAGGAGGUAAAGAAGAACGCGUGCUCUCUACGACGCCAUGCCAAGGAGGAGCGUGUUUUGUUCCACUAUAACGGACACGGUGUCCCUCGGCCAACUCGCAACGGAGAAGUCUGGGUCUUCAAUAAGCACUACACCCAGUAUAUACCUCUAUCCCUGUACGACUUGCAAGACUGGUUGGCAACACCCGCACUCAUGGUCUGGGAAUGCAAUAAUGCCGGUAUAUGUGUGGAGGAAUACGAACAGUUUGCCUCUCAGCAUGAUGAAGACACACGGUCACGUCUGUUGCAGAACAUGAAUGCAACAGCUCCAAGUCCGUACUCUUCAACAAUCCAGCUAGCAGCAUGCGGCGCUGAUGAAACGUUGCCCCUGGAUAACUCUAUUCCUGCCGACCUGUUCACCUCUUGUCUAACCACGCCAAUACGAGCGGCGGUUCUUUGGUGGACAAAGCAGUCCUUUCUUGCAGUUCCAAAUGCCAAGGAUUUCUGCUAUGAGCAAAUUCCUGGUAGAAUCAGUGACCGCCGCACUCCACUUGGUGAACUCAACUGGAUUUUUACUGCUGUGACAGAUACCAUUGCAUGGAAUGUGCUUGACAGAGAGACUUUCCAGUUGUUGUUCCGUCAAGACCAGUUGGUGGCAAGCUUGUUUCGCAACUUUCUUCUUGCUUGCCGCAUACUGUCUACGUACAAUUGCCAUCCAGUCAGCCGACCUCACCUGCCACCUGGGAUAGCCCGUCAUUGGAUGUGGCAAGCAUGGGAUGUCGCUCUGGACGGGUGGAUUCGGCAGAUCUGCGAGGCUCGCAACCCCUCGCUGGCCAUAUAUGAGCCCAGUUCCUUCUUUGCUGAUCACCUGAAGUCUUUCGAGGUCUGGCUGAAGAAUGGAUGGCAGGCGGAUAGACAGCCGGAGCACCUUCCAAUUGUCUUGCAGGUGCUGUUAAGUCCCACGCAUCGUAUCCGUGCCCUGGAAUUGCUUACCCACUUCCUGGAUCUUGGCCAUCACGCCGUGCUAAUGGCGUUGCAAGUCGGAAUCUUUCCCUACGUGUCCAAAUUGUUACAGAGCUCCUCGCGUGACCUGCGUGUCAUGCUCAUCUUCGUCUGGGCCAGGAUUGUUGCUGUGGACCCGUCUGUCCAAACUGACCUUGUCAAGGACAACGGCUUCCGGUACUUCAUCGACGCUCUCAUCGAUUAUAACUCAACCGGGACCAUCUUGCCGGAUCACCUCGCGCAAGCAGCAUUCGUCCUGGCUACUAUCGUCAAUGACUACCCAUUGGGGCAGGAGGUUUGUUCUAACAAUGGCCUGGCUAUAGCACUUGUCAAUCUCCUUCACAUCGACUCGGCGUCGCUGCGCAAGUGGUGUCUGCUAUGCCUGGGCCGUAUGUGGCAGAACAAUGCCAGCACGCGCAACAAAGCUCUUAUCCAGGGUAUCCAUGCCAAGCUCUAUUCCCUCAUUACCGACCAGUCACCGGAGGUUCGCACUGCACUUGUAUUCGCCCUGAGGAUGUACUUGAGCGAAGGCAGCCCGGAAGAAAACCCCGACGAUCCGGAGGCUGUAUUGGAGGACACACCCGAAUCAUUCCGCAGCAUUAUUAUCGAUCAGUCGGUCGGCUCCGUUCUUUCACAGCUUGUGCAUGACGGAUCACCUCUGGUUCGAAUCGAACUUUGCACUGCGCUGGAUCAUCUGGCUUCUAUCUUCCCUGCCGAGUUCGCCCUUGCUGUGGACCAGGUUAAAGCCGAGCAGCGUCAUCUACGUGAUGUUCAAGCCAUUGUUAGUCUGGGCGGUGGCUGGGGCUGCCUUGGGAAUACACCAUCCUCCUCUCCGACCACAUCGACACCAGCUGGCCUGUGCGGUGGUGGUGGUGGUGGUGGUGGUGGUAGCAACAGCAGCACUAGCAGUGGCAACGCGUUUGACUUCAGCCGCAUAAACAACGCUGGACGGACACCCGGUGCCGGUGCGUUGAGCACGACCACCGCUUCAACGGCUAACGCUACAUCAGCAAGUAAUGGUGCAUUGGGCGGUGCGUCAAGCUCUUUGACAAGCGAUGCACCCUCGGAAGAUGACGAUCAUGUGUCGGAUGAUUGGGUGCGAGUACCGCUGAAUCUUACGUUGCUUCCGACCGUUCCCUCGCUUCCGCGCUGGACGCGCGAGAAGUCUCUCUCUCAGGCGCAGGCAUUUCGAUGUCCCUCGCCCUCACCCAUACUCACUCGGCUGAGGGGCUCUCGCUUCAUUGACUCUUUUCCAGAGGAUGCCUUGGCAAUGACAGUGCAGGCUGGUCUGCCUGGUGUUACCCCUCCUCCUCCACAAUGCAAACGUCCAUUGAAUUUCGGUCACUCUCAGCAAAGCUCAACAGCAUCCUGUUCGGAUUCAUUCACAGCACUUCUAGAGACGAAUGAACAAGCUGAGAGCAGUAGCCAGACCCCAUCCCGAUCUACCAGCCCGGCAACGCCAAUGUCAUCUCCAUGUACGCAUACAAUCUUCAAUGCCGUCUCCAGUAUCUUUGGUUCAAUGUGGAGGGCUAUCCUGUUGCUCGGAGAGGAUCCCCAUCCCGAAGUCAGGCGCAUGGGACAAUCUAUUGCAAGCCGCAUACGGGAUUCCAAUGAUGCGUCGUCGGGUGGCCCUUGUUCUCCCGUGGGGUCUCUACAAUCAUCGCCAGGGCAAAAGAUGACUUUCCCGCAGUCCCUACCCAGUAUGGAUGAUCCCCAGCCUCCCAUUAAGCCGUUGCUACGACGACGCGUCAGCUCCCCGAACGCCCGCGCCACCGGCAGCACGUUCACGUUUGACAACGGUGGCAGCACGACACCCAACUCCGGCUCUGUUACUCAUCUUCCGUCGGCGGUUACCGGCGACUCCGUGUCGCGCCUUUUCAGCUUCUCCCGGGCGUCGGUGUCCGUUGUGAACCCUACGGACGCUCCUCUCAACGCGUCGUCGUCGUUGCUGAGUCGCGUCGCCUCGAUUCCCCGUAUGUCCAUGACGGCACCGUCCACGCCGGUUCUGCGAGGCAAACCACCCAUGUUUCCUGACAGUGGUUCAGUAUCAGCUAGGAACUCAGCACACGAUGAUGAUGACCUGGACGACACGGUACUCAUGACUGACUUAUCGUCCGGCUUCAAUGACUGGUGCAAUAUGCAGUUCUCCCGACCGGCCGCUGUGAGAGAUAUUGCGUACGAUCAUCACGGGCCAGUCUACCUGGAGCGACACUGGCGCUACGAGAACAAUCAGAACAUGAGACUGCGCUGCGUCCAGAACAAAGAGAAAUAUGGCGAGGUUCUUCAUCUGGAUGAUCAGCAGUUCUUACGCAAUAGCUCUGAUGCACCGACAGCUAUGCGCUUCCAUCCAUACCAGAGUGAGCUGGUCGUGUCGGAGCGCAAGGGUAUCACUGUGUUCGACAUUGAGAAAGGCGAGAGUCGUAACACUUUUCGCAAUCGACACCCGUCCAACUACAAAAUUGUCACAAUGGACUACAUCAACGCCCACGAUCAUGCGCUGCUCAUGACCGGAACGAGUGACGGCUGUAUUCGACUAUGGCGUAACUACCGGACACCGGGCUCUGAGAGUCUGGUGACAGCAUGGCGUGCCCUCAGUGAACUUAUCCCUAUGCAGAGUGGCGCUACUUCAGGGCUGGUGGUUGACUGGGAACAAGAGAGUGGUGUGUUGUUCGCAUCAGGCUACGUCAAGGUCAUUCGUGUCUGGGACACACAACGGGAGCAGAUCAUACAAGAUAUCCCUACGUGUGCAAACAGCUGCAUCACCAGCAUGGCCAGUGAUGUAGCCGGUAGGUCUUUGCUAAUAGCUGGCUGUGGUGAUGGUACUGUGCGGCUCUAUGAUAGACGACUGCCGGCGAAUAACAGUUUGGUACAUAUGCUGAAGGAACACGCCGGCUGGGUAGUCAAGGUCUAUUUGGAACAAGGAGCAUCGCUCGGCAAGAUCAUCACAGCUAGGUUAGUCUAGCAACUAGCAAGAUGUUACCAUGUCUCCCAUGUGUGUGUCUCAGUUAUUGGAAGUUUUGCCAUGCCUGGGUAUCGCCCUCAUCUCUGGGGUUGCUCCCCACAUUGGCGUUGCGUGCACAUGCUACGAGAUUGAGUUAAAUAAAUAGAAUUAAAGUACCAUGUUGGGAUGUGGGUUUUUUUUCUUUCUUUUCUUUCGCAUGGGCUGGAUCUGGCUUCUGAUUGUGGAAUUUCUUACCCCCGGUACAUAUUGGUGGUCGGUCAGGCUUUUGAGUGUGUUGCGGGCACUUGCCCAUGUGUGUUUGCGCGUUGUUGUAUUCAAUAGAGACUUAGUCGGAGGGAAGCAGAUUUGCACACGA